GCGAAAUCGCAACAUACCCACAGAGCCAGCGGACAUUUGUUAACAGUAGGCUUUGGAUGUUACGGCGGGAAAGUGUCAGUGCCGAAAGUAAUAGUUGAACGUGAAUGUUUUUUGAAGACAUGGAAAAAUGAUUUGAAAUUUCGCGUGAUUUUAUUUUGGUUUUACACAAAAUUCGUGAAACGGUUUUUUAUAUUCCUCAACAACAUGGCCGCUUUCGUAUUUACUUUCGUGUUUUUUGUUUUAAUUCGCUGUAAUGUUGCGUUUUAUAAUUAUUGUGAUAAAAAUAUUUUCGAUGCUAAUGGUGACGAAAUGGCAUUCACAAAAGAAGCUAAUUAUAGAGAGUUUGCAGUUGUUGGCAGUUUGAAAGCUCUACAUUGCUGUGCUAAGGAAUAUCAAACUAUAGAAUGGUACAAGGAAGACAAAGUUUAUCCGUGGCCGUUGGACGUUUCGACUAUGCUCCUGUUUCCCGCUAGCGCCAAUCAAACCAUCUAUUCCCAAGCUGUCAAACAGACGGACGAAGGAAAUUAUAAGUGCAUACUUCGAAACGACAGUAUAAUACACAGUCAUACUGUUAAAUUGUACGUACUAGAUAAAGCUCCGGAUGAUCCUCAAAUUACGUAUCUAUCUGACGAUACUAAAAUCUUCAUUGGAGACAAAUUGAGGUUAUAUUGCGAAGCUUUUGUAGGUAACGUGGUGGAUUUACCCGACGCCCAUAGCGAAGUUUAUUGGUACAAAACGUUCCCGAAUGGUACCAGAAUAAACGAUAUCCCAUCUCGAAUCAAACAAAUCAAAACCGAACAAGAAGACGAGCAAACGAUAGGUUCGUACCUGGUUAUAGACGAAGUGCUCCGAGAAGAUUUCGGCGACUACGUCUGCGUUAUCACCAAGCCGGGUAUGAGCAUCAGUCGCAUCGUGAACGUAAACGAAAAAAUUUCGGAAGUGGAAUUUUUAACGCCAACCCCAUUACCUGUCGCCAAAUUAAUUUUCAUCCUGACCGGAAUUCUAACUUUAUUCGUUUUAAUCGUAAUAAUUUAUUUAAAAUUUGGACUCGAAUGGCAGGUCCGUAUCAAGGAUACUUUCAGUCCUUUGGAAGACGGGGACGGUAAAAAAAAGGACGUUUUGGUGGUUUAUUCCUGCCAGGACGCGGAAAUCGCUUUGGGGGUGUUGGUGACGACGUUGGAAGGGAAAUUCGGGUACAGUUGCGAUUCCAAGGAACUUUCUUUUGAUGUCAGUACUUGGUUGAAGGAGUUGAGCUUGGGGGAGAAGUACAGGAGGAUCGCGGUUUUGGUGUCUCCGGCGCUAUUGAAGGGCUCCUGGGACUCUGAUGCUGUACUAGGGGCGCUGAAGGAGUUGAGGAAAAUCGGACCGAAAAUGUUGUGCGUUUCCCUGAAAGAUUUCCCGAAAAAUGAAAUGGAGGUUAAGGAUUCCAACGGGGAAACCCUAAGGGCUGUGAUUAGAUCUUUGAAUGUGAUCUUAUGGGAAAGGAAAGAAGACGAAAAAUUAUGGAACUCGUUGAGACUCAGACUUCCGCCAAAACGAAACGUUCCACAAGGAACAGAUACGAGGCUGUGUUACAAUUCCCAAGAAUCAGUAGAAGAUUUUAGAGUAUAAAUCCGUAUCUUCUUUCAUCUUGAAUAUCAUUUUUUUUUUCUAUCAACACCUCCAUAAAUUAUUUUCUCGCGUUUUUUCAAUCAAAGGUGUUGCCUUUGUGGUAUAAUCUUGUAUAUAUUUAUAAUUAUUAACUCCAUAAUACAGAUUGUUGGUUUUUGUCUAUAAUGUGACGUGAAACAUCCGAGCGCGUCCGGCCCUGCAUUUAAAGUGAGUGGCUCUAUCGGUAACGUAAACAAACUGCAGGGUCGGACCGGCUCGCGAUAAUACACUUGACUGGACGUAUGCUGAGUAUUUAUUUAAAAAAUUAACUUUUUUUCAAAAAAUUUUUUUUAUAUUUUAAGUGUUAUUUAUUUAAAAAAAUUAGAAAAGAAAUUUGAUCCUUUUCCUAGAAAAAAAUUUAAGACUGCGAGUUUAUUGUAUAAUUAUUCGUAUUUUAUAUAAAGAGUGUCCUAAAAAGACGUUACAUACUUUUCGAACGACGGGAUACUUAAUAUGUGUAUUAAUUAUUUGGGACACUGUAUAUAAAUUUAAUUGUAAUUCUAACGUGCUAAUAUUACACUCAUGGUGGCCCCAAAAGUGCUCAAUGUUUUCAAAAGUUACUUCUACUUGAAAAAUUAUGAAAACUUUUACGUCAUCUUUCGUGAUAUAUACGAUGGAUGUCCAGAAAGUAACAGUUUCCAGGUUAUAUACUGAUACCAAGAUGGCGGCGUUAUCUCCGCCCACUACUACGUCAUCAAAAACGUUUGUAGGUUUUUGAGACAUCCCUCGUAUAUAGUUGAAUAAUCUCAUAUAUCAAUAAUAUCAGUUUUGAAACAAUUUUUGAAGUUGAGUUCAGCUUUAAUGUCAAACCAAAAUACAGAGGAUAGUUGAAAACUUGUUUUUUGGAGUAAUUAGACGGUGAAUUUAGUAAAUUCGCGAUUUUCUACUAAUAGAAACUUUUAAAUCUCACGCUGUAUAAAAAAUACUAUAAGAACAAGGCGAAAGCUAUUUGCGUACUGAUACCAAGAUGGCGGCGUUAUCUCCGGCCACUUCUACGUAAGCAAAAACUUCUGUACCUUUCUGUACAUCCCUCGUAUAUUCAAAAGAACGUGAUUUGUAAUAUUCACGAGCAAAUUGAUGCAAUAUCUGUAUUGUAACAUACGUUUCGUUUUAAUUUUACUUAUUUUAUUGUGAUUUUUUUAUAUAUAUUUUUGUACUUUUAAAUGUAUAAAUAUUUAUAUUCAAAUUGAUGGGAAUAAACAAUUUUGUCACAAAAA